UAUAAGAGAACAUGGAGGCGGUUGGAGGCAAAGUAUCUGGAAAAAAGCAGAAGAAAGCAGUGUAAGAAAACAUGUUUCCUGUUAGCAAACCCUCUGUUUCUCUGCAAUCGAGUAUGGUUCCCUCGAUUCCUGUGAAACCCAACAUACACUCGUCAACUUUCUCUAUCACCAACUCUGCGUCUUCCGGCGAGAGAAUCACCACGCGCCGACGAACCAUGUCACCAUUCGAAACCCGAAUCUCUCUCAUUUUCGCCCUUGCUUCUCAAGCCACUUCUCUAUCCCAGCGGCUUUUGGCGGAUGUGACCACUGAGACUGCAAAAUACGUGUUUCCGAAAAGAUUUGAAAGCCGCACUCUCGAGGAGGCGUUGAUGACUGUUCCGGACCUUGAGACUGUUAAAUUCAAAGUUCUGAGUAGAAGGGAGCAGUAUGAGAUCAGGGAAGUUGAGCCUUACUUUGUAGCAGAGACAACAAUGCCCGGGAAGAGUGGGUUUGAUUUCAAUGGUGCUUCUCGGUCCUUUAAUGUCCUAGCUGAGUACCUUUUUGGUAAGAAUACACCGAAGGAGAAAAUGGAGAUGACUACACCUGUUUUCACAAGUAAGAAUCAAUCUGAUGGGAUCAAAAUGGAUAUGACAACUCCCGUGUUAACAACAAAGAAUGAAGAUCAAGAUAAGUGGAAAAUGUCUUUUGUCAUGCCAUCAAAGUAUGGUGCUGACUUGCCACUACCCAACGAUUCCUCUGUGAGGAUUAAAGAGGUGCCCAGAAAAAUAGUUGCUGUAGUUUCUUUUUCAGGUUUUGUGAAUGAUGAAGAAGUUAAGAAGCGUGAACUAAAACUGCAAGAAGCUUUAAAAAGUGACAGGCAGUUUAAAAUUAAAGAGGGAACUUCAGUAGAAGUUGCACAGUAUAAUCCACCAUUCACUCUUCCAUUUCAACGCCGUAAUGAGAUUGCAUUGGAGGUGGAAUGGAAAGAUAAGUAGGAACAAUAUUAUAAGCCAAUCUACAAUCUUGAGAUAUACACCCAUGCGCGCCUUGACUUUUUGGCAGUAUUGAGAAGUUGGUUGAUGGUUUGACAUCUUUGCUUCACACCCCCCCCCCCCCCCCCCAAAAAAAAAAAAAUGGAGAGAAAGACCACGUCAUAUUUAAAUUAAUAAGAUCUGUUACUGUUCCUUAAUGAGCUUGUGCACAAAAUGUUAGAUCAGUCUACGUAGGAAUAGUUCAUGAUUUUAUUGCUUCAUAAAACAUGUCUUAUAGAAUGCAGAAGAGAGACAAGUGUUUGUUCUAAAUCCAAGACAAUUUCCUAAACAAAUCGAACUCCACCCAAUACUUGACUAUAUAUUUAGUAGGUGUAUUAUGUUUAACUCACCAUGUCAGUUUUCUUAUUUUAUUCUGGUUCUGUUUUGUGGAUGAUGGUAAUGUCAAACUUUAUAUCCACUUGUGAUAUCAA